AUGGCUUGCGGACUCGCUCUGAAGCGCCCGCAUGAAUAUGACAACUACCUGCAGCUCGGUGAGACGGCGCCCGAAGCCAAGCGCGCCCGCACCUCGCCGCUUUCCUGCUCGCCGUUCCGUCCGCAGAUGGGAACGCUGGCGGCCUCUCUUCCGUCUAGCAGCUCUGCGCAGACUUCCUUGGAGGACAGGGGCAUCUUCGGCAGCGCCGCGGCUCGAUGCAACGUCAACAGGGCUCAGGUUGAUGCCUUCAUCAAGGCCGAGAUUCGUUCGCUUCGCAGGCGCAAGCUAAUCCCGAAGCGCUGCCUCGUCGAUGGAAAUGAAUAUGCUGAAUACGAAAAGUCGGUGCACGAUGCUGAUCACAACUCGACGUCUGCGACGCGCCCUGCCAACAAGUAUCGUGUUCCUGGCUCACCACAGUCGGCUUCGGAUUCGGAGGGUGAGAGCGGCCCGAGUUCUGCCCGUCGUCGCGUGUUGGCCACGCUGCCUAAUGAAGUCAAGUCGCCUGCCUUUGAUCUGAACACCAAGCCGAUGUAUUCGCUCAACCAGGUGAUUCUGAUGUGUGAGCGUCUUCUGAAAGAGCAGGAGCUGCGUGUUCGCUUCGAGUACCAGCAGAUUCUGGAGAAGAAACUUCAAGAGCAACAGGAUCAGCUGUCGCAAUUCGCCGCGGAAGUCAACCGCCCGUCGGAAGACUACUCCUGCUCCUACCUAUCC